CUGUCAGAGUGGCAGUGAGGAACAAUCUCAGGUUCAGGACGGGAACCUGUAUUUUGUAUAUGGCUGUGGAUCGGAACUAUUUCCAAACGAAAACCUCUGGGGACAAGAAGAACCAACACAAAGGGGUACAAAGUGAAGUUCAGGAAUGCCUUACGUACUCAUCAGCACACAAAUCCGACUGGAGACAGGUCCCACAAUGGUUGGGGAUGAAUAUUCAGAUUCAGCACUAAUGAACUAUUUAGGAGCCAGAAAGACCACAAUGCUAGGGAACAACUUUUCUGAAUACCAUGUGGACGAGCCACCUCGAGUGAUUCUAGACAAGCUAGAGCAGGCUGGCUAUCGGGUGGUGAGCAUGACAGGGGUGGGCCAGACACUGGUGUGGUGUCUACACAAGGACACACUAUGAACAACAUGGGGCACCCUCCCAGCCAACAAACGCAAGGAACACGGAUUCUAACUAGGAUGUCCUUUUACGUACCUUCAUCUCAAUGUCCCAUAAUAGUGAAGUGCCAAAAGCAUGUCUUCAAAUAUAAAUGCUUUUUAAAAGGUAGUACAGUCAUGCUUUCGAACACUUCCCAUGCAGCAAAUAGGUCCAAAGAGUUUGAGAUGUUGUAAAAUCAGUACCAUUUUAAUCUGCUCCCUUUGACUAUGUUCAUCCCUUUGAACUAUUAAGCGCUAUAUAUAUCUAUCUAUAUCUAUCUAUCUAUCUAUCUAUCUAUCUAUCUAUCUAUCUAUCUAUCUAUCUAUCUAUCUAUAUAUAUAUAUAUCUCCAUAUUCCUUUGAACUUAAGAUGCACUUUUUAACUUAAAUUCUUAAAUUCAAGUACUCGAACAGCAACAUGACUUGCUGCCGAAAAAAAGAUGACCCAAAAUGUUACUGCCUGAUCUUGAAUCAUCUAUGACAUACAGGCAGCCAUUUUCAAGAAGCUUUUACAAUUUCAGUGUUUCUAGCAAACAGUACUAGCUUGGACAGAU